AGAAUACUAUGAUUUCAAUGACCAUGUAUAAAUUUAUUUCUUUUUUUAGGUACCCCAAUUAUGAAUUUAUUAGUGACAACUCUAUCUCUUGGUCAGCUGGACUGCACAAUCGGUACACAGAAAAUUCACUUCGGGGUGUGAUCCUGGAUAUACAUUUUCUCUCCCAGGCAGACUUCCUAGUGUGUACUUUUUCAUCCCAGGUCUGUCGAGUUGCUUAUGAAAUCAUGCAAACAUUGCAUCCUGAUGCCUCUGCAAACUUCCAUUCUUUAGAUGACAUCUACUAUUUUGGGGGCCAAAAUGCCCACAACCAGAUCGCCAUUUAUCCUCACCAACCUCGAACUGCAGAUGAAAUCCCCAUGGAACCUGGAGAUAUCAUUGGUGUGGCUGGGAAUCAUUGGGAUGGCUAUUCUAAAGGUGUCAACAGAAAACUGGGAAGGACGGGCCUAUAUCCCUCCUAUAAAGUACGAGAGAAGAUAGAAACGGUCAAGUAUCCCACGUAUCCUGAGGCUGAGAAAUAAAGCUCAGAUGGAAGAGAUGGACAACCAAGUUCAGUUCUAACCAUUUGAGCCAAAUGGUAGAUGAAGAAGGCCCUGACCUAACAACAUAUGGUUAAAUGAGUAAACACCCUCAUUACCAAGAGGACUUGAGAGAGAGAUGGGAACCAGUAGAUGCUUCCUUGGUGGAAUUUCUCUUUAACAAGGGCUACAAUGCCCUCAAACCCAUGCACAGUACUAUAAUGUACUCACAUAUAACGUGCAAACAGCUUGUUUUCUACUUUGCCCCUUCUUUCAAUAUUAUGUCCCCAUGAAACAAACACUGCCACAUUGUGUAAUUUAAGUGACACAGAAAUCUUGUGUGAGACUUCAAACAUGGUGCCUAUAUCUGAGAGACUUAUCUGACCUAUUGAGAAGACCUGAACAGCUCCCUGCUGUGGGAAAGUUGAUUCUUGACCAGUGGUGGUGGUGUGACCACUGAAUUCACUCCACUCAACAGAAUGAGAAUGGGUUUUUUUUCCUUUAUAAGGUUGUCUGGAUUUUUUUUUUUAAAGUAAUUGCAUCAGUUCAUUCACCUCAUCAUUAAUAAGUGAAGGAUACAUCAGAAAAUAAAAUAUUCACUCUCCAUUAGGAACUUUUGUAAAACAAUGUCAUGAACAAAUCCUUUAGUACUCAAUGUUUCUGGACAUUCUCUUUGAUAACAAAAAAUAAAUUUUAAAAAGAGGAAUUUUGUAAAGUUUCUAAAAUUUUUGUAUCAUUGGAUGAUGUGGUGAUCAGCUUUACAGUGGAAGAACUGUGAUAAAAAGAGGAGUUUUAUAGUUUU